AUGACACCUGCUCAAUUAGUUGGAUCUUCUACUUCUGUACCGUCAGAGAAAACACCAGUUGUUGAUGUUGAAAGCGCACCCAGCACUCUAUCAUCCACUCCAGAUGCCGGCCACGACUCAGACGACUCUCUAGAGUCAAUUAUCAAGGACAAUGAGUCUGACUUUGGAGCUUGGUCUUGCGUAUUGGGCUCAUUACUUUUCCUCAUUCCCUCGUUUGGUUUCAUGGCGUCCAUCGGCACAGUCCAGUCAUACCUCAGUCUGAACCAGCUGAGUGAUCACUCUGUCAGUGAAAUCGGCUGGAUCAGCGGGGUGUACUUAUUCCUCUCGCUCGUCCCAAACUUCUUCAUCGGCUCUGUGCUAGAUCGAAACGGACCUCGAAUUCUCAGCCCUAUUGGAGGCGUCUUCUCAACUGCCACUUUCAUUCUAAUGGCUGAAUGCAAGACUUACUGGCAAUUUAUGCUCUGCUUCGGUGUUUUUGGCAGUAUCGGUACGAGUAUUUGCUGCACCACUGCUAUAGGAGUUGUGGGCAAGCUGUUUGUUCGACGACGUGGUCUGGCAAUGGGCACUGCAGUUAUGGGAACCUCACUCGGUUCCAUCAUAUUCCCUCUUCUCCUGCGAUCAACUUUCAAAACCCUUGGCUGGGCCUGGUCUAUGAGAAUAGUGGCUCUGGUGGUUGGAUGUGUGACAGUCCUGGGUGUCAUCUGCUUCCUGCCUUUCCAACGACUUGUUAGCUCUGACUUAACCAAGCAGACGGACGCCAAGAAUUCAGGGUCUGCACUGGACUUGUCAGCAUGGAAGAACCCUGCCUUUGCAUCUGUUUCUUGCGGAGUGUUCCUGAUUGAGUUUGUUGUCUUUGGCAUCGGCGGCCUUCUUCCCACUAUCUCGAUUGGCGCUGGUUUCUCUGCGGAGGAUGGUUAUACCCUUCUAGCUAUCCUGGGUGCUUGCUCUUGCGUCGGGCGCUUCACCAUGGGUCUUUUGGGUGAUCGCAUUGGAGGAGUCAACUCGAUGAUCAGCGUGAUGGUUCUGAUUAUCGUCUUCAUGUCAACCAUCUUCAUUCCCUUCAGUACCACAUCUGCGCCGCUUCUAUACACAUUUACAGCUCUAUGGGGCUUCUGCUCGGGGUCUUUCUAUGUCCUCUCCCCAGUCUGCACAGGAAAGACGUGCGAGCCAAAAGACUAUGCAAGAUACUAUGGAUCUUCAAACUUCGCAGUUGGUAUUGCACUACUGAUUGCCAAUCCCGUGAGUGGUAUCAUGUUGGAGAAGCUAGGCGCCCAGCCUCUAGCAUGCUUCUAUCUAGCUAUUGUUGUUCUUGCUGGUGUUUCUUUCAUGGUCGCCCGAGGGCUUCUUCUCGGUAAUUUUACUACUUUGAGGACCAAGGUGUAA